AUGUGCUGGCAUCUCUUGGGGCACAAAGGCAAAACAAGUGCUGAUAACCUGAGGGCCAAGCUCAAGAAGAAGCUGCACAAGUCUAAAAGCACCAAGACUGCAAAAACCAUUGUCCCACACCAGCCCCAGCCUGCCUGGCUGAAGCAUGUGGUGGAAAAGACACCCUCAAGCUGGGAUCACAAGCAGCAGGAGUCACAUUUGAACCGGCAAGCAUUAAACCCCUGGGAUGUAGCUGGUGGGUUAAACCCCACUCAUGGCAAGUCUCUUGACAGACCCCUCAGAGAUGAGGUGGAAGGUCAAGCUCCAAGGCAGAACUACAUUAUGACAAUCAAAGAGCAGCAGGACAGCCAGCAGAAGCAACUGGACUCAAGAUUGAACUGGCAAAUACUAAACCCCUGGGAUGUAGCUGGUGGGUUAAACCCUAAUGAUGAUGACUCCAUUUCUGGACACCACAGAGAUAAGGAGAAAGAUCCAGCUCCAAGGCAGAACUUUGUCAAUUUUCACAAACAGCCAAAGAAGCAGGACAGCCAGUACUGGGUUGGACAUAAUCGGCUUUUCUACCAGGUGUUGAGCCCUGUGAAAGCAGAGGGAGAGCCCAGAGCCACUGGCACCAAAGAUGAGCAGCAUCUAAACAGGAACCUGGAUUUUCUCUCUGACCCGUUGGUUCAGAGCCGCCCCGCUGCGAGCAGCGGAGGAGGAGCCACAGCUGAAGAGGAGCAGUCCUCUCUAGGUGGGCACCUCCUGAUCAUGCCUGACACCACAGACACGCACGGGAAGCAACAGGAAGAAGGAUCCAGGUUCCUCAAUAAACCUUGGAGCCCCCAAAGUCCAGACCUUGCGCCGGUUCCAGGAGAACUCCUGGAAGCCAUGGUUGAUCAUCAUCUGCGCUUGCUGGUGCCGGACAAAAGCUUGCAGACAUUCAUGGCCCAUGUGGAGCGAGCCCGGAGCAAGGACUGCAGCCUGCCCCAGCUCAAACUGGCCUGCCCCAAGAUGGUCUCAAAGACCGGGCUGCUUCUAAAGGUGCUCAGUGAGAGGCAAGAGACCCACAGAGCCUCUGAUCCCAUGGGCCAGUGUCCUCUGCAAGAGAACAUCUCCAGGCGCACAGCUCUGGAGGAGGAUCAAGAGCCCACAGAGAAGGCCGGGGGGCCGCGCUUCCCGGCCGGGCCGGGGCGCCUCUCUGGGCGCUGCUUGCGGGGCUGUGCCGGCCUUCCCAAAGCUGCCCGCGGCUUCCUUUGCACGGCGGUCGCUGCCCCUCGGUGUCUGCCGGCGCUGAUGUGGCGCUCCGGCCGCGGCGGGAGCUCUGCCGCCGGUGUCCCGGCGCUGCCGCCUCCAGAGCCCGGGGGCCGGAGCGCUUCGCCUCAGGGGCUCGGCUGCAGCGGCGCCUGCAGCGGGCUCGGCCCGGCCGCCGCCGCUGCCGGUGCCGGCGCGCUGAGGCGGAGCUGCCGCCCCUCAGGCUCGCAGCGCUUCCCGCCAUUGGCGCUGCGGCUCCCUCAGGCUCUCCCGGCGGACAUUCCGACAUUGCCCGGCUUUCGGCAAGCUCCCAGCGCCAGGCGGGCUUUGGCCCUGGCUGGAUGCUGGGUGCCCGGCACCAAAGGCGCUGUCACCGCUCUGCGCAAGUGGAGAGCGGAGACAAAAGCCAGCGAAAGGCUCAUGAGUUUACAGAAAGAGAGGGAGAGAUCCCGCCCCGGUGACUGCAGCCAGUCCUGCCUCGCCAUGGACCUGGUGAUGCGUCUGGUGCGCGCUCUGCUCCUGCUGGCCCUGCUGCUGGCAGUAGCCUCCUCGCCAGGAGCGGCCAAGGAGCUCUGCCCAGAGCCCUGCCGAUGCCCAGGCCGCGGGCGGCUGAACUGCGGCCACGCCGGCCUGGCCACCGUGCCCCCUUCCAGCCGCCGCCGAGCCCUGGCCGUCCUAGAUUUCACUGGUAACUCCAUUGCUGCUGUUGGAAAACAAGCCUGGAAGGACUACCCAUGGACUGAAACCUUAGUGCUCAGGGACAAUAAGCUGCGGGCAGUGAAGAGCCAUUCCCUGGAGGGGCUGUUCCUGCUGAAGCACCUGGAUUUGUCCUGCAAUGAGAUCCUGUCCAUUGAGGAACGGGCUUUUGAGCCACUGCCUUUCCUGAAGUUUCUAAAUCUCUCCGGGAAUGGCCUCACACGGAUCCGCAGCGGCGCUUUCCAGGCCUGGCAUGGGAUGCAGUUCCUCCAGGAGCUGAUCCUCAGCCACAACCCGCUGGCUGUCAUUGCUGACGCUGCCUUCUUCAAGCUGCCCUCAGUGAGCUCUCUAGACCUGAGUGCCACCCAAGUGACCCCACAGUCGCUGCUGCUGCUGCUGCAGUCCACAGUGAGCUUGGAAACCCUCCAAGUGCCCAAGGAGGCGGCCUGCUGCCUGUGCCAGGAGCGUCCCCAGCCCGAGAGCCCCUGCAGGACCAUCCAGUUCCUGUGCCAGAAGCUGUGCAGCACCAGCGCCCCGCAGUGCGCUCACACAACUCUGCUACAGACACGGGGAGAAAUAAUGGACAUGGAACAACGCAGAGAGCUGAACAGCAGCCCAGUGUUGAGCCUCAAGCCCAAGGAGCCUUCACUGGGAGAUCAUGGAACUGUGACGCUUGAGGUUGCCCUGAUCCCGAGCACUGAGGGUGAUGUCAGCAGCCUGGACAGUUCCAGAACAAAUUCAUUUGCCCCUCAGCAUCUCUUGGGGCACAAAGGCAAAACAAGUGCUGAUAACCUGAGAGCCAAGCUCAAGAAGAAGCUGCACAAGUCUAAAAGCACCAAGACUGCAAAAACCGUUGUCCCACACCAGCCCCAGCCUGCCUGGCUGAAGCAUGUGGUGGAAAAGACACCCUCAAGCUGGGAUCACAAGCAGCAGGAGUCACAUUUGAACCGGCAAGCAUUAAACCCCUGGGAUGUAGCUGGUGGGUUAAAACCCACUCAUGGCAAGUCGCUUGACAGACCCCUCAGAGAUGAGGUGGAAGGUCAAGCUCCAAGGCAGAACUACAUUAUGACAAUCAAAGAGCAGCAGGACAGCCAGCAGAAGCAACUGGACUCAAGAUUGAACUGGCAAAUACUAAACCCCUGGGAUGUAGCUGGUGGGUUAAACCCUAAUGAUGAUGACUCCAUUUCUGGACACCACAGAGAUAAGGAGAAAGAUCCAGCUCCAAGGCAGAACUUUGUCAAUUUUCACAAACAGCCAAAGAAGCAGGACAGCCAGUACUGGGUUGGACAUAAUCGGCUUUUCUACCAGGUGUUGAGCCCUGUGAAAGCAGAGGGAGAGCCCAGAGCCACUGGCACCAAAGAUGAGCAGCGUCUAAACAGGAACCUGGAUUUUCUCUCUGACCCGUUGGUUCAGAGCCGCCCCGCUGCGAGCAGCGGAGGAGGAGCCACAGCUGAAGAGGAGCAGUCCUCUCUAGGUGGGCACCUCCUGAUCAUGCCUGACACCACAGACACGCACGGGAAGCAACAGGAAGAAGGAUUCAGGUUCCUCAAUAAACCUUGGAGCCCCCAAAGUCCAGACCUUGCACCGGUUCCAGGAGAACUCUUGGAAACCAUGGUUGAUCGUCUCCUUCGCUUGCUGCUGCUGGAAAAAAGCCUGCAGACAUUCAUGGUCCAUGUGGAGCGAGCCCGGAGCAAGGACUGCAGCCUGCCCCAGCUCAAGGUGACUUGUGCCAAGAUGGUUUCAAAGACCGGGCUGCUUCUAAAGGUGCUCAGUGAGAGGCAAGAGAACCAGGGAACCUCUGAUCCCAUGGGCCGGUGUCCUCUGCAAGAGAACAUAUCCAGGGGCACAGCUGUGGACGAGGAUCAGGAGCCCACAGAGAAGGUGUGUUCCCGAUGUGCUGCAGCUGUUUGUCAACAGCUACUCAGAAGGAAAUCGUGGCUGAGAAGGUAACUGCUCCCUGCCCAUGCCACUGCUGUGCCACCAGAGUCUUUCCUAGGCAGAGCAACUCCUCCUGGAGCCCCACAGCCGUGCAGGUGCUGCUGCCCAGGACUCCCCUGGCUGUGUUUCCAACAUGUCGCGUUUGGGGGAGCCCCAAGAAAGCGGCUCCUGAGCGACAGCGCUGGGCACGGCCAGGGGCUCCCAGCCCAACCAGCCCUUCAUGCACCAGUGUUACUCCCCCAGAUGGAUGCAUGUGCUGGGCCAGCCCGGGAUGUCCUUUCUGGAGCCCCCAUCUUCCUUGGGCUCAGCUGAAAUGCCCCCGAGCAGGGAGAGGUGCUGCACCUCCUGCAGCCCUCCCUGGCCAAA